AUGGGCUCCAUCAUCGGUUUGACGGCCGGUCUUUACGGGGCUAUCAAUCUUCUCGGGGCUGGAGGUGGUCGCCCAAACUCGGCGCAGACGAUUCAAACCGUGAACGCUACGUUGUGUGCCGUUUUCGCUGUCUCGUCGGCAUUUGGAGGUAGUGUGUUGAAUACCCUUGGGCCUGCUAUAACGGCACUUCUAGGCAUUGUGGGCUAUAUCUUGUAUCUCGGCAGUCUGUGGUACUUUGAUCAGACGGGCAAUGAGUGGUUCCCAAUCUUCGCUGGGGUGAUAAUCGGAGUCAGUGCACGAGUCUAUUUACCGCGCGAACACUCACCAUUGACUAACUCUCACAGUAGAUUUCCGGAGCCUGAUCUACGUGACGAUGGGAUCUAUCUCGAUGUCAUACUCACAGGAACAAGAACGAGAACAUUUAUUGCGAUUUCCGUCAAUCUUCAAGCUACCGGGAUGGCUAUCGGGGGACUCAUUCCUCUGAUCAUCAAUCGCAAGUCUCAAGAAGUGGCCGGCGUUCCUACGGCAGUUUACAUUAUUCUGAUGUGUCUGAUGGGAGCUGCUUGUAUCCUCGCCUUAUGUCUUCGGCCUGCCUCGAAGGUCAUUCGACAAGAUGGAACUCAGGUUGCAACUAUCCGCUCUCGUGGCUACUGGGAUGAACUCCGGUCCAACUUGGAAGUCUUUCGAGAUUGGAAGGCAUUGCUCUUAGUCCCGGCUUUCCUCCCAUCAGAAUGCUACCUGGUCUACAACGGAUCCGUCAACGCCUACCACGACGACCUACGAGCAAGAUCUCUCCUGUCAUUCUGCUCAGUCGCCUUGCAGAUUCCCGCCGGCUACGGCCUGCAGAAACUUUUGGACCAUAAGACCUGGACACGCCGCAAAAGAGGCUUUGCUGGUCUCGCCGUCGUCGGCGCUCCCCUAAUGGCAGCCUGGAUCUGGGAAAUUAUCCGAGUCCACAACUACGACCGCAAGAAUCAUCCAAUGGACUGGAGUGAUCCCAAAGUCGGUGCCAUUUUUGUCCUCUUCUGCCUGAAUUGGGUCUCCUGCGCGCUGUUCCAAUAUAUCAUACUCUACUUCCUGAGCUGCAUGACGAACUCACCUCGCAAAGCAGCCAACUACGCUGGCUUGUACCGCACGUUCUUGGCUGUCCACGAAGGCUGUCCAUUCACUCUGUCAAAUUUCGAAAUCCUCGUAGAUGUUCUUCCACCCUCACAUCCUGAUUUCGAGGGGUAG